AUGGAGCAGUUCCUUGCAGAUGGGCAAAGAUACUGCGUGAACUGCAAGUCUUGGAGAAGGUUUAAACAGUCUCGGUUUGGCUGUGUCUUUGCAUGCGGUUGCCCUGGUGUAUUCGUAGACUUUCAGAAGGUUCUUCGUGACUUCGUGACCGACGUUCGUUCCGGAACGAGGCCUGUUGAGUUUCUCCCUGUCAUCUCUGGACGUGUUGCAACCGAUCGCAUGAGGGUUGCCCAGGUUGAGUUGGACCUGCAAAGUAACUCUGUUGAACUACGCAUCAUGAACACAACGCCGGAGGACGCGCUGCAUAUCCUCAAAGGGUUGCCGCUGAGCUUGGACCAGUGGACCACGACGAGGGGAGGGUGCUUUCGCUUCCCUCUUGAUGCCCUAGACAUGCUGGUCCACGAACUGAGGAUGGUGACAGGCCCCAGUGGCGAUGGUCUCUACGUCAAUGCCCCCACGGCGCGUUGUAGGGAAAUAGCCCUGGCUUCAAGAGUAACCAGUCCGUUUCAUUUAAGUGAGCUGGUGCCUGCAAGACUCUUUUCGGCGUUACAUCGCCAUCAAAUCGAUGGCAUUCGUAGGGCGUUGGAGUUUGGUGGUCGUGCACUCUUUGCUGAUGAGAUGGGAGUAGGCAAGACUCUCCAAGCGAUUGGAACCGUUGUGGCGCUUCGUGCGUUUCCGACGCUUAUCGUGUGUCCGGCUGCCUUGCGCCAUAUGUGGGUGGAAGAGGUGGAAAAGUGGCUAGCGGAGACGGUUGAACUGGAAGACAUUCACGUUAUAACCUCCUCCAGUCAAUUUCUCUCUGUAAGCGAUGCCCCCAAGGUGGUCGUCACAAGCUAUCACAUGGCCUCCAUACUUGCCGCGCAGAUGCGGAGCCGGAACUGGAGCUGCGUCGUUGUGGAUGAAAGCCACACGCUUCACACAACGCCGGAUGCCGCCAAUGAUGCCCAGUACACCUCGUUGGUGUGCGAACUUGGAAAACGCGCAAACUACUGCCUCCUGUUGAGUGGAACACCCUCAUUGACCUCCCCCUUUGACCUGUUUAAUCAAAUUGAUACUCUUUGCAGUGGGUUGCUUGGCCAAACCCGGUUUGACUUUGCGCUGCGGUACUGUCGCACGGACUUCUCGCCUCACUUUAGAGCCUAUGAGUGUGUACGCAACGUGGAAUUGCACUCGUUGCUUGCAGCGACGUGCAUGAUCCGUCGUCUCAAGUCGGAAACGCUAAUUGAUUUGCCCUCCAAGCUACGAAUUCUUUUGCGUCUUCCGGAGACGGUGGUGCAUGGUCAACGGAGAGAAGCUUAUUUUCAGAAGGAGUAUUCCCUCAGCUGGGAACGCAAGCGCGACGAAAUAAUGGAAGUGGUUGACUUUCUUCUUAAAAAGUACACCAAAGUUGUGCUCUUUGCACACCACAUUAAAUUGCUGGAUGCCUUGACGACGCAUGUGGGUACGCGGAAGGUUUCAUGGAUUCGCAUCGAUGGGGGCACCCCAAUGUCCGCACGGGCGACCUCGCUGUCAUGGUUUAACCAGGGCGAUACUCGAGUUGCGAUUAUAGGCAUCACCGCUUGUGCCGUUGGAAUACAAUUGACAGGCGCCUCUUGUGCCUUGUUUGCGGAGCUUCCGCCCGACGCGACGUGGAUGCAGCAGGCGGAGGAUCGACUGCAUCGCCCAGGCCAAAUGAGGCAAGUCGUUUUCUUUUAUAUUGUGGGGGCCAAUUCAUUUUUCGAUGGCAACCUCUUCGCACGCCUCUGCCGGUCGUUCCAGACGGUUCGGCGCACCACCGAUGGGGUGCCCGCCUCGCUCACUGCAAGCUACGCAGGCUACACGGAGACGUUUGGCGACGUCACGGAGGCAAACCUGGCCGUGGUGAAAAACGCAACAGCAUCUUUCAAUCUUGCGACUGCGGCGCCGCUGCUUUUUCGAAUUAGCCCCAACACCGGACGCAUUCACGUGAGACACGGCGGGAGGUAUUUACUGAGCCUCUCCCUCGAUGAAGCACAGCAGCACUGGCCUCUCACGGACGACUUCUCACAGGAGCUAAGGCAGUUUAUCUUGAAUGUAGAGUCCCUCUCAUUCUUUGAGCGUCGCCGACUGAGGUUGGCUGCUGCUUGGCUGCCAUCUAAUUUCUCAUGGCGGGGCGUGAAGGCCCGGCGCAAGACGUUCCUCCGCUACACCCGCGAGGCUCCCGUACUGGGAAGAGUCUUUUUUUGGAAGGUCAAUCGAUGCUCGUACCCGUCCUCCUUCUACGCCGCAUUGCUCUGUGCGUCGGGGGAGGCCUACGUGCCGCUCUGUUUGGAGUGCGAGGGUCUUUUUGCGUGUCCAUUCUCCCCGUCACCGGGCGAAGUUGUAUGCAUCGAAAAGGACAUCGAUAUGUUCUGCAGUGGUCGCUGUCGUGCGGCGUUUUAUAUUAAACGUUCCGGGUCUGCCGUUCGACGAAGUGUUCGGGAGGCGGACAAUGGCAUUUGCUCCCACUGUCACGUGGAUUGCGAGGUGCUGUGUGCGCUGCUGGCGGCCGCAACGACGGGGCGAGAGCGAGAGUCCAUUCUUGACCGCAUGCAUCCGCACAUGCGACAGUAUCCGGCACUUUUUAACCGAAUUAUCGAGAAUCCUGUUGCCGGAAACGUCUGGAAUGCGGAUCACGUCUUGCCCGUGAGUCAGGGCGGUGGGCAGGCGACGAUGGAAAACCUCCAAACUCUAUGUGUGGCAUGUCAUGCGGAGAAGACAAUGCGUGAGUCGAGUAUGCGGCGCCGGGAUGCCGUCAGGCGAGGCUACCGCACCACGGUGGAUCUGGCUAGCGCCCACUUCACGGUGAAGUCCCCACGGCGAGUGACUGCAGAGCGUUUGCUGCUUCUAAAGGAAGAGGCCCCGUACUUUGUUUUUUCUCUCUCUGGGGUUGCUUUUUUGGGGUGUUUCUCUGGCUUUCCUUCAUGUUCUACUGGGAGGGGGCGAUUACGGUUUCCUUUUUAUUGA